CGCGUGGGUGGGACCAAUCAAUCAGCCGGCUCGUUGUUCUCAUUGGUUCAUUCAGGUGGCUGUGUGGGCUGCGUGAAUAAAAGUAUGGAGACUGAAUCCAAGUAAGAGCAAACCGUAGAUGGAUAAAGAGUGACUCUAUCAAAGGACACGAGAACAAAGAAGUUUCAGCCAGCUUCCCCAAGUGAUCGCCUUGACGCUUGGAGAACAAGAAGCUUUGUAGGUACUCAAGGUAACAGGAGAUUUGCUUUGGCACACGUGCCGCACUGUAUACAAAAGGUUUUGGAUAUUAAACUGGAAUCGCUGGAGAUGAUGGAGUGGUAUGUUUUGGUGUUGAUGCUGAGCUUGCCAACAUUGAGUCAGGCAGAUUGUUCAGCGCAAUGCCUGAGAUGCGCGCAACAGAUCUCCGACCUGGACUCUGCAGUGAACCGCUUGACUUGUACUUUAGAAUGUGAAGGCGCCGUUCCAUCUUCUAGUACGCUAGACAGAUGUGAGAAGGCUUUAAAGGAGCUUUCAGAUGAAUUCGCGGACCUCAACCCAGACGCCGACGGAGAACGAAGCGCGUUAAACGCGGAGGACCUCCAAGAGAAAGCAUCCAACCUGGUCAAACGAUACGGGGGCUUCAUCAAGAGGAUCGAUAAGAACAAAAACAAGUUUUUCGCCUCACCCUGGAAGGAGAACGCCAUACUAAAAGGAUUGUUCGCGAAGAAAUACGGCGAAUCGCUCUCGAAACUGGGCGAGCGAGACGUCCCGUCGAUAACGGAAGACGAUGAGGGCGAAGGUGUAACCGCGGAAAACGAAACGGGAGUUUAUGAUAACGACGUUCCUUUAAACGAAGUUAAACGUUACGGCGGCUUUCUCCGCAAAUUCGGGCCAAAAAGAAGCAGCUUUGUAGAUAACGCCAGCCCGCAGGCGCUGCAGAAGAGAUACGGCGGGUUUAUGCGAAGAAUUCGCCCGAAGUUGAGAUGGGACAACCAAAAGCGAUACGGCGGCUUUUUACGGCGCCAUUUUAAAAUCUCCGUGCGCUCUGACGAAGAGCCCUCAUCCUACGAGGACUAUGCUUUAUAGGCUCUUGUAUAAUAGAUAACCCAAUCAGAACUCAUUAAGCCAACGCAUUUCAGUUUUCCCCCUAAAUAUCAUGAUCUUACACGUAUUGAGGCUGUUUUACUAUCCCAAAAAGCUGCUGACCUCUGGACGACAUCAAUCACCACUGUCAACUUGUCAAUCAUGCGCUCAGGACGUUUCAGUGACCGACCACUUGUUGUUUCCCGUUAACUUUACCCUGUGUAAGCAAUCAGUACAUACUGCAGAUGAUGCUUGUUUAAGAUGACCAAUAAAGGGCAAGAACUUUACCUGCUAAAAUUGUUCGGUAAAUGCUUUGUGUGACUUUUUCCCCU